AUGGGACUAACAUUCUUAGCAGCUGGUACCAGUAUACCUGAUCUGAUUACUAGCGUGAUCGUAGCCAGGAAAGGCCUUGGGGACAUGGCUGUAUCCAGCUCCGUCGGGAGCAACAUCUUUGACAUAACAGUCGGGUUACCAUUUCCAUGGAUCCUCUGGAGCCUCUCUCGUAGCGGUACACCGGUGCCCGUGGACAGCAGGGGUCUCUUCUGCUCCAUCUUCCUCCUCUUCGGAAUGCUCAUCCUGGUGGUGAUCCUCAUCGCAGUCAACAAAUGGCGCAUGACCAAGGUCAUGGGAGGUUUCAUGUUCCUCUUCUACAUCGCUUUCCUGGCCAUCAGUCUGUUGCUCCUGGCCGACACGAUUCCAUGUAUCAUCGGGGCAUAAGGGAUCUGUCCAGACAGAGUGAUGUAGGUGUGCCGAUCACCAUAUUCUUGAAGACACGGCUCUAUCUAGAAAUACCAUGGACUUAAAAGCGGACCUUAAGUCAUUGGAAAGUCUGUAAAGCGACCCUGCUUUAGGUGUGCCUGUCAACAUUUCCUUGAAGACACUGCCCUAUCUAGAAAUAACCAUGGACAAAUUCAUCGGAAAGUAUGUAAGUCCACCCUGCUUUAGGAGUCCAAAUCAACAUAAAGAUACUGCUCAAUCUAGAAAUACCCAUGGUCUAAUUCGGACCUUGAGACAAUGUAAAGUAUGCAAGUCCAUCCUGCUUUAGGUGUUCCGAUCAACAUAUCCUUGAAAAUACUGCUCUAUCCUCUAUCUAGAAAUACCCAUGGACUAAAUCGGACCUGAAGUCAAUGGGAAGUAUGUAUAUCCACCCUGUAUUAGGAGUCCUUAUCAACAUAUCCUUAAAGACACUGCCCUAUCUAGAAAUACUCCAUGUUACUUAUGAUGUUAACAUACUCGUACUGUAAGAGUGAAACCUGCUCUCGGAGUAAUUAUCAACGUCUCCAAAGUUGAAGAUAUUACUCUUGGAAAAUCUCCUAUGCUGGGCUUAAUUCAGUAUAUGAGUCCCUUGAUAGAUUAUCAAAUCACUGGGUUAUAUUUCAGAGAUGCCCACAAAGCUCUAAGUGUCGUGAUAGCACCUCCCUGUCAUUUCCCCUCUUUGAAAGAAAAAGAUAAGAUAAAUGUAAAUAAGAUAAAAUGUAAGAUAAAAGAUAAAUGUCAGGUCAGGUAAAUUGGCUAAUUUCUGUAGUUGCUUCUUAGAACCAAGUGUUUAUGCAACAUGGAUUAUAUUAACAACCCUCUGAUAUACUUUACACCAUACACCCCGCCAGUGCGUUGGGGUAUCCUAUCCCCUACUCAUGGCAAUAAUAUUCAUGCUAUUCUUCGUUAUCUGGCUGUCAAUCUGAACAUGGGGGAUCAAAGAUUGCCCAUCUUGACGUCAUCCUGGAGCAUGAAUUUGGUUUGUUUCCCUCCAGUAUUGUAUGACCCUCACCCAUGCUACCUAUCAAUAAUUUACAUUCAAGAACUUGAAAAGAAAUUUGUCCACGUGCAGUGUCUCUUUAAUAGUGCAUGCGUCAUUGAUUAUCAACUAUUUGGGCUGGGCUCGCCAUUUAGAGCAAUCAUCCAUAACGAUUCAAUAUAUGACUUUCUUGGAGUGCGUUGGGGGUGCAGUUUUAAGAUUUGAAGGUUAGCAAUGUAACGCUGCUUUCGAGAUUGUAAGGAUGGUAGCUAUAAUGGAUAAUUCAGAUCUACAUAUUGAUUUGAUUUUGCAUGUGAAGAAGUCAAUUUGUAUUUCUUAAAUGGCAAUUUUCAGCAUCUCUAUAUUUUUGAGAGGUAAGGGCAUUAGAUUUUAUGUAGCAGUUUGAGAUACUAGUACAUCAUCUAUUUCUCAACUGUGGACUAGGGUGAAAAAUACCCAGGGGCUCUGGGCGGUUUCUACCCCCCCCCCCCCCCCCCCAAAAAAAAAAAAAAAAAAAAAAAAAAAAAAAUGCUCAAAAAAGCCCUGGGGAUUUCCCAUAUACUGCCAUGUUAAAGAUUCUCAAAUGUUGCGGAUUAGAGAUGUGGGCUGUGAAAGGUAGCCCCUUUUAAACAAAAAAAAGAAAGAAUUUUCUGCCUGCUAUGGACUCGCAUUGCAGGCAUGUUUGUACCUCUCCUACUGAUAGUCAUUGACUGAAUGCCAAGUGGGUUCAUGGAGAAAAAAUUUGAUUUUGAUAGUGUUAUCGCAUGUACUGUUCCAAUGAAUUUUUCGAAAUAUAUGACAUUGUAAUAAUCUCUUGCUGACUCAUUUCUUGGAGCUGAAAUCAACACGGCUGAAGUAUCAAAGUCAAAGAAUUAAAACCCUAUAAAAUACUCUCAGUAUGAUAGUACCAAAUACUUUGACAGAUUAUACCUCAAAUGUAAUGGACUUGAAUGUGCUUAUAUAAAUAUACAUGUAUAAGUGCUUAUGUUCCUUUCUUAAGAUAUUUCUGCCAUAUACCAUUAUUUGAGAUGUGUGCAAAAUGAAUUCCAAGCGUAUGUCAUUUACAUAUUCAAAUCGUUGAAAGGUAACUAACUUCUUGAGCCCUUAAAUAUGAUUUGCAUGAGUGAUGAAAUAGUUCUAUUAAGGAAGAAAAAUAUGAAUUUGAAAUGAGUCCAUUGAUAUCAUAUAGCAUAUGUAUAUUUGAUAAAUCAAAAUGGUUUUGAUAUGAAUUAUCUAUGUUAUGAAAUUCUUAAUGCAGAGACAUGUGUAUUUAUGAGUGAUUUUUGUCUCUGAAAUGCUAUACAGUUUUGAAUCAUUAAUUCCUCUAAACAAGGAAAAUGAUGCUUUGGGGCAAGUUUGUGCUGGGGAGUUGUAUAUCGGUUGUGCAUAAACUUUGUAAUCAAGCAUGAAAAUUUGAAGAUAAUCAACAAUUAUAAGAAAAGAUACGUGCACUGCACACUGAUGUGAUGGUAUGGGACCGCAUCUGAUUCUGAAAUGAUUCAUGUUUUCAGAAAUGUGUCAUAUAUAUUUCCCAUAUACCGGUAAUCACUUUAGGGGACUUUUCUACUGUAAUUUUCUUCCGUAGUGACAAAAAGUAUUGAGAAAUGUUACAUCUCACUUCUAACAUAAGCUGAAGUUUAUAUUCAGUAAUUUUAUUAUUCUAUUUGUCACCAUUUUAAUGAAGCUCCUCAAAAUGAAUUGUUGAAGAAAAAAAAGGAAAAAAAUCUAUAUGUUUUCAAUAUGUAUGUGGACUAGACUGUCAAAUAUCUCUGUUCCCACAAUUUUCAGUCUCAGAAAGUUCUUACUCAAUGCUUAUAUUUGAAAAAAAAGUUAAAUUCAAUCACUAUUUUUAAAAGCCCACAAAUUGCCACAAAUCAAAAGCUCAAGUUUGAACUUAUUUGUCUGCUAAAAACCCUACUAGGAUGGUUCAAGAAAAUGUCAACAAAUUGUUUAUAUGAAUUACAUGAAUUUGAAGAAAUGAAGUCAAUAUUGAUGGUCGUAAAAAAGAAAAGGGAAAGUAAUGAAUACGUGAAUAUAUCAAACAAGAUUAAAAAUUGCAUUUAUAUCCACUGACAUGUAGCUCACUAAACUGCCUUCAUUAACAUUUGAUGUAUGUAUAUAUUUUCUGCUGUGCAAAAUUAGUGACUGGUCUUGUAUUGAAAUUUUUUUAAUACUUCUGUUUUUAUUAUCAAUUUUUGUUUUGUUUUAUGUAAAACUUGUGCAUUAUAGAUUUCAUUGCUUCUGCUGGAAAGAAGGAUAUAUUUGAAUGCUUCAAAUUUGGGUAUUGUGAUGGUUUUUAAGUCUUUCUUCCAAUUGUGUUUUCUAUAGUGACCUUUUAUCGGAAUAUAUUCAUGAUGUAUUGUACUUAACAAGGUAUGAGAAUAAAUCUCAGCUGAUGUAUGUGUGAAAAUAUAUAUUUAUAGUGGCUUAUGGUCAUUUUAGGUGAUUUUAGGCUGAAACACAUGCUUGAAAUGUUUUAAAAGUUAAAUUUACACUGAACAGAUUCUGUCAAUUUCUAUUUCUAUUGCCUUUGCUUGUUAUUGUCUCAGAUUACCCCCACUUAUCACCCCCCUCUCUCUCUCUCUCCCACUCUCUGUUUCUUUUGUAUCUAUCUCUCUAUAUCAAUCUCUCACUCAUUUUCUCUGAUACGCUCUAUUUCUGUUUCUCAUUUCCACUGCUCAUUCAUAUGACACAUACCUUGUUUGUUUGUUUUUUUGUUAACUGCAAAUGAAUAUAUUUCACUGUUUUUGUGUUUUAUCUGCUGAACAGAUUUGUGCAAUUCGUUGUGAUGAAAAAAAUAUUGUUUUGUGCAAUUAUCUGCUGACUUCUCACUUGUUUGGUAACAAUAAUCAUAUACAUGUAUCUAAUAGGAUGUAUAUAUGUUAUAUACCGUAUUUUAUUAUAUUUUCAUAUUCCUCUUUUAUGAUAUACAAGAGUGCAAAUAUAUAAGCCAUCGACUUGCUGUAUUGAAAGGGAAGAUUACUUAUUCUUUUAUAUUCACUGUGUCAAUGAAAAAUGGAUUAUAUCUACAGAUGUGUGACUUUAGUCAUAUAGAGAUUUACAGAUUAUAAUUAUAUAUAUAUAAAUAAAAUAAUUAUUAUUUAUUUACAGACAUACAUGACUGAAGGGAUUCCAUAACGUUUCUCUAAGAGAUUUAAAUUUUACAUGAUGUUGUACUCUUACUUGCAUUAAAAAAAAAAUUGAAAUAUAAAGCAUUUUCUUAUGCACUCCUUUCUCUCCCCCCCCCUCUCCCCUUCUCUCUCCCUUUCUCUUCCCCCCCCCCUUUCUAUCUCCUUCUCAACCCCUUCCCCAAUCUCCCUUCACCCCUUUGGUUCCUCUCUUUAACUCUCUCUCUCUUCCUGUGUCUCUCUCUUCUCCAUUUCUUUCUCUGUCUUCUCCUCGUCUUUAUAAAUUAUCAUCUAUCUCUCCAUGUAUCUAUAGCCCUCACUGUUACUACGUUCAAAUGUCUUUAUAUGGCAUCCAAUGAUCUUUAUUAAGAUAUCUUGUCAACACUCUCAGUUUAUCAAAACACAGGCUUAUUUUGCUCAACCAGGGUAACUUGAUAUAAUAAUUCUACUCAUCAGGCUGAAAACAAGAUUCACCCCCAUUGGAAAUGUCCACCCCCACACCAUAAAAGGUGAAACCCUUCAUGUCUAUCUUGCGAUGUAUACAAAUUAUCGGGAUGGUGGAAGGGCGUCAUCAUGGCAUCACAUUAUGUCAAUGCAAGAAUGAUGGGGUGUUUCAAUGCGAAUCUCGAGAUGUUCUUGCAGAGACAUGACGGACUUCUCUCUGUGCAGUCAUGUACAAUAUUACCAAAGAUAUAUUAUUAUUCAAUUCUUUUUAUUCUAUUUUUGCUGAUUGAUUGGUCUAACAAUGCAUUGUCAAAUUCAAUGUUGUCACAUAAACAAAAUCUGUGGUGGCAGAAAGAUUAAAUGAGACAUUUUCAAUAUUGAUAUUAGUUAAGACAGUUCAUUACCAUGCAUUUCUAUUUGCUAAAGCGAAGGGAAACUAUUUUAAUUUUUGCAUGUGUGUUCAGUAAGCUAUUUAUUGUCCAAUUAUAUGAUUUUUUGUAAUUAUAGAUAUUUUAUUUUACUUCACUUGUUUUUACUUGCUCUCCAAGAUCUUUUCUUUAUGUUUGUUUAAAAGUUACUUGUUAUUGUAGGUGUUUCAAUGUUCACAAGUCUAUGUGUGUGAGAGCAGUUAAUUACAAUAUUUUAGUGACUUGAUAAGCAAAUCAACAAAUCAUUAAUUUUUGACAUUGUUCUUUUGAUAUUUAAAAACCGAUGUUUCCUUUAAAAUCCUAUAUGCACUGUUAGAAAAUUUAUCCUUAAAAUAAAAGAAGUUCCUGCAGCAAAGUCUCGAGAACACCUGUAAUCUUACCAGAUUGCGUAAUCUUACAGGAAAUUGGUAUUUGGUGUUUGGAACCUUACAAAUUUCCUUAAAAAUAACACCCGUUUCCCCUUUUUAAACAGACCUGUUCUGUUAAAAAAUUCCUGUUUUAUGAAUUCACAGAAUGAUUCUGUUAUUGCUUUCUGCAAAAUCUUCUUUUUUCUGUAAAAUCAGGGUUUUCUUAACAGUGUGUCUAAGCCUUUACUGUAGCUCAAAAUAUAUUUAUCUCUGAUAUACAGACUCACUAUGAUUUAAUUUUACAAUCAAUAUUUGUAACUUUCAGCUUAUGAAAUGAACAAUUAUUUUUUUUAACAAACCUAGUUUCAUGAUUAGAUUUAGUGUUUCCAUUUGUGGUGCACAUGAUAAACUUACAAAAAUAUUUUUGUGUUAUGACAUAAAUUGGAUAUAACUGUAUUGCAUUAUAGUUUGCAAUGAUGAUUUAUUUUGAUAUAACUGUGUUGAAUAAUGCUGAUGGGUAAUAUUUGUGCAAUCUGUUUGAUUUAACAGAUUUCUUUUCUUUACAUUAAACAAUUCUAAAUCUCUUUAUCAAAAUAAGAUCCAACCAGCUUGAGCCACUCAACGAAUAUAUAGAAGGAUUUUUUUUUUUUGGGGGGGGGGUGGGUUGAAUGAAGGACUUUGUUUCAUAUUAUGCAUUUUCUAGCAUUGUCUUAAGUUAUCGCUAUCGAACAAAAAUUGUUUUGCAAUUUUAGUGUGUGCUUGCAUGAACAAAAUUUCACAAGAUAUUCCAUGUCUAUGUAUUUUCUAUUUUGGAUUGUUUAAAUUGAAAGAGAAUGGUGUAGUAUUUUUAGUCUUAAUGAUUUAAGUACGUUAUCAUGGUUGUUCAACAAAUUUUCUAUGUACCUUCCUAGUAUAUUGUUAACAAUCAUAUAAUUAUAUCAUCAUAUAUAUUUCAAUUGUAUAUAACAUAUGUUUAAUCAUAUAUAUAAAUCUAAACCAAUCCAUAUUUUCAGCUCAUUACUUAUUUACACUUUGAGGACUAAAUCAUACCCACUAGGUAAUUUCAAUCCCAAAUUCUAUUGCUUCUCGUUAGAUAUAUAAUAUUGAUGAUGAUUAUACAGUGUUUAUAUUUACUCAUAUAUUAGACAAUUCAAGAACUUACAGGCCGUGUUAGUAGAGCAGGAAAAAUGCAAGAAUAUCUACAUUGUUUUCUCGAUAGCUAAAAACAUUUGAAGUCGUCAUUAAGUGGAACAUUAAAUUAUACAGUGCCGAAUGAAGUAACAAAUAUGGCAAUAGAAUUGAAAAGAAUUACACCGGAUUUGAGAUUAAGAACUAGAGAGGCAGAUAUAUUGUUGCCUAUAUUAUAAUGACUAAAUUGCAAUGAAUAGAUGCAUUGAUUCAGUGAAAUGAUGUGUCGCUUCAAUGUGUAUACCGUACUCCUUACCAUAUUAGUGAUUGACAGAAUGACCUUUGACUUUUGACCUUUCUCAUGUGCUGUGUUAAGCAAGCUGAGAUUUAGAAUUGCAAUAAAAAUUAUGAAUUCUCAUCUAGAA